AAAGAAAACUAAAAAAAAUGAAAGAAAACAUAACUUUUUAAAUAGAAAAAUUAGUAUCAAAAAAUUAUACAUUUCGUUGAAUUUGUUUCAUCUUGUUGGUGUUAUGAUGAUGUUGGACGACGUCGUUUAUCAUUCUGAUAAAGCGCAAUGCCAUUCUUCAAUUAAACAAAUAGGGGUUGUUGUUACAUGGGGAAGAAAAGCAACAUUGUGAGGCACUUUUUUCCUUUGAAUGGUUUUCAAAUUGGGGAUUUGCAGUCUUAUCUUUCCGAUCUUAGUCUCUUUUUGGCGCCUGAGAGCAAGACAUUUUAUAUAUUGGUGGAUAAUAGGCCUUGGCUGGAAGACUUGGUCUCGGGUCCUGCACAGUUGUGGCAGUUGAUGGUCACCAAGUCCAGGUUGUCUCCCUUUGCCAUUACACGAGGGCAAAAGGAGAUCAAAGAAAAUACAGAGUUGAGUGAGCUCAACGAUCAUUCCAGAAGUUCAAGCCAAUCGCAAAACUUGAAAAUAUGGUUAUCGAUGGUAACACUCUCAAGACAGAGGGCUUUGCUGCCUGUAAAGAAACUCAAGACUUCCUUGCUUGCAAAUAGCAAAUUGCACAGAACCUUGUAUGGAUUUAUUGUUUUUGAAGUGGUGUGGAAAGAUGUUCGUGGUAUCAAUUAUUUGAACGAGCUUCAGACUGCUACUUCUCUUGCUAUAGAGGCCAAAUACAUGAAUAAAUGGGAAUUUGAUAGUAUAGCUCAAGCUGCUCAAUGCAUAACUUCAUGGUUUCCAGGGACUCCAUACGAGUGUCUUCUCUUGGAACAACAUCUAAGCUCUAUAAUAGGUGAAGCAUUUCAUGAGGCUGGUAUGGAUACUCCGAGCCCUUGCAGCUCAACCGAUGAUGAAAAAAUCUUAAGUGACAGUGUGUUAUCAGGGGACGAAUUUGAGUGCAGUCCUAGAAGUAGUAAUGGGGGUCAAUUGGAAACCUUAGAAAACCGAGACCAAACUAGCAUUCCGGAUGCAUCUCCUGUUGACCUGUAUAUGAGAACUGAACCAAUGAAUUCUCCAGAUAUUGAUCUUCAAUCUGAUUACAGCACUGGAGUAUCUUUCAGUGAAACUGCCAGCUACCAUAUACCCUCUCCAUGUCCAAGUGAAUGUGUGGAAGCGACAGAAUCAAUUCAGUACAAAGAUGUGUUGCUAUUAUUCCGUUUCAAUGAUCGUGACCUCCCCUUUGAAUUACAAAAAAUAAUCAUGUCUGAUUUACGAUUACUUACCUUAUUGGAGGCUGGACUUCCAUCUUGGGUGAUCUUCUUUCAAUCUUAUCCAGUAUUUUGUAAUCUAUAUCGUCCAUGGAUGUGCCCUCUAGCACGAUCACUAUAUGUUGCAAUAUCCCUUGUCACAGUAGUUAUUGGUUUCUAUGAUUUGUACAAAAACGUGCCUGUUCUUAAGGCAACUGCUUCUCGUUUGUUUGGACCUUUAUUUGAUUGGAUAGAAACAUGGGAGAUGGUAUCAAGGAUUCAGUACUUGGGUACUAUGUUGUUUUUGCAUAAUGUCGAGAAGGCUGUCAUGUGGUUUUUGAUGAUGACGCGUACAUUCCGGUCACUUGUCUCGGUUAUCACACAGCCAUUAGUUGCACCACUUUUGCUAGUCUUGGAUGGGCUUUUUCCUUUCUGUAACACUUUUAUUCAAAUGGGAGGGCGUUUAUACUCAUUCAUUUGCAUUCUUAUGGUGACUUCUUGGAAUCUAUUGGACAAUGUGAUCGACACUCUUCUGCUUCCUGUAUGGUACAUCUCAUCAGCUAUUUGUGAUUUUGCGACAAGUGUUAUGAGCCCUAUAUUCUUGCUCCUUUGGAAAACACUAUGUGCUCCAAUUAGCAUCAUUCUUGGAUUAUCCAAGUUUCUUGGUCCUAUAUACACGUACAUCUAUGAUUUGGUUGGUGGUAUAUGGCUGUUUGUGAGCAAUGUAUUAAAGGUAGCCUCAAAUGCUGAGGCAGCAACUGCACGCACUCGUGAGAUUUCUCUGUGGCGUUCCCUUUGGAAUGACCUUUUCUCCAAGGUUUUCUGUGCUAUCAAGAGCAUUUUAUAUGGCGUUGUUGCAUUCUUUGCAGCUUGCAAUAGACACCGAUUAAGCAUAUACAACUAUUUACUAGAGUUCGUUCGAAGACUUCACCAGCCAGCAGAAAGAUCAGAACCUUUGAAUUCUAACAGUAGACUUCAAAUAUCUGGAGCUAAUACACCACCAGCAGAAUCCAGGGAACGAAGGCCAUUGCCUGCUAAAAGCACGAAACAGAGUUGACAAGAUUUUACGUUCGUCAUGAAGUAAUGUUCAUAGUUACAUAGAAAAACAGAUUUGGCUUUCAUCCGUCUAGCUUUACGUUUAUGUAAACUUUUUACUUUUUUAUUUAGAGGAAUGUCAAUCAGAUGUAUAUUUGCAAGAGUAUAGAUUUGUCAAAGAGCAUUUAGUCUAGAAUUACAUUA